UUGACACUGUCUUCCGGUGGUAGUUCCUGUCACCAUGGCCCGGUCACUUCCAUCUAACAUCGCAGUAGUUUGUUCUGUUUUGCUCUUUGUGUGCACGACACUUGUGUGUUGUAAUAACGGCAGAAGGGUCGGUGAUGCUCUGGACACGGAGCUCGGGGGCUUCUCUGUGCCUCUGGAACACUCCUUCGAAAUCGAUGAUGUUGCAAAGUUCCAGGUUCGUGGAGCGCUGGUGUUGAAAGGUGGGAAGGAGCCCACCGCCUUCCUGAGUCAGAACCAGCUGUCUGGGGAAGACAGAGCCAAACUGAAGGAAGUGGCUGCUGUCGACGGUCUGUACAGAAUCCGAGUGCCUCGUGUUUUCCUGCAGACAGACAGACAGACCGAGCGACAGUUGGACGGUUAUCUCACAGCGUUUGUCAGAGCCUGUGCCAUGGUUGAGUCCCAUCUGAGCGACUCCAUCGCACUCCACACUGACGUCUCUGGGUAUCUGAUCGGCGUCUCCAUAGUGACGUUACCCGGGGCCUGUCGGGGCAUGGAGGUUGAGGACGAAGUUGAUCUUGAGGUUUUCAACACUACGCUCCGUGUCUUGGCACCCGUCAUUGCAUCUGGACCGGGGACGGAUCUGUUCAUUGAACGAAUCGAGCUGGAAGCGGAGAAGAAAUCAAAGAAUCCACAAGAGCAGAAAUCUUUCUUUGCAAAAUAUUGGAUGUACAUCGUUCCUCUUGUUCUCUUCUUGAUGAUGUCAGGCGCUCAGGACCAAUCAGGAGGUGGAGCUGGGGGCGGAGCAGCCAACGGAGGCGGCCGAUGAUCAGCACACAUUGUUUGUUUUUUUGUUUAUGUGAAAAUUUACUCACUAAUUCUCUUGAGCAGUUUUUAAUUGCUGUAACAUAAUGCUAUUUCAGGCAAUGUCUAACAGAAUUGAAACCUGUACAGAGGAGAGGAAAUAAUGUGCCCUGCAGACGACUGCAUUUUUAAUACUAAUGUGAAAAUAAAAUAUUUAUUCCUCGA